GCAAAGGAAUUAUUGAACCGGAUUUGCUAUGUUAACAAACAGGUUGUCGAUUCGGCAUCGAGCAGACCGCCUCUAACCCUAACCCAUGGCCGGAGGCGGAGAGCCCUCCCCGGCCAAGCACUGCCGCUCCCCCGAGGACGCCCAGCCCGACGCAUCCCCCAAGCGCCACCACCACCGUGGAACCCACCGCCACCCUUCUCCGGUAGCCGUGGCGGCAAACUCGAUGGAGGAUGACGAGGUAGAGGAGGGGGAGAUACUCGACGAUGCUGUCGCCGCUGCUGCUAUGGAUGUCGAUGCAGGUUCCGCCGCUCCACAAGCUUCCCUUGCUCAGGAGCCCUUUGUUAAUGGUGCUGAUACAGACUCAAAUGCAGAUGCAACCAAGUUGCAUGCUUCUGCUCUGCCUACUCAUUCAUCCUCAAAAAAUGAAGGGAAGUCGCUUCACAGUGCCCGUGAGUCUGAAAUUGGAGGUAUCCCUUUAAGUGAUGUUGAUGAUACCAAAGGAUACGAACAAAGUCAAAGCAUCUCAAAAUCUCCGCAAUCGAGAAGCGGGAAGGGAAGGAGGCACCGAGAUGGCCAUCACACUUCAUCUUCUAAAGAUUCUCAUUCCAAAGAUCUCUCUAGAAUAUCUCCUUACUCAAGGCACCACAGUGAAGCACAUGCCAGAGACCACUCAAGGUCCAGGGAGAAAGGUGCUGAAGCUAAUGGUUCGCGCACAAGUCUAAGGGUUGAUUCUGAUCCUGACAGCAAUGACCGGAAUGGGAAGUCUGGUAGACAUGUGACUAGGAGCCGGGAGAAUGAAAGAGAAAGGAGUAGCAGCCGUGUUGUUCGUGAUGGACAUGGUGAUAGGCACAAUAGGCGGGAAAGCUAUAGAGAUGAUCGGAGGCACAGCAGCAGCGUAGUACAUAGAGGCAAAGUCGAUUCACAUGAAGCUACUUACAGGCACAGAGAAAGAAGCAGCAGUCGCAGUAGAUCUGACCAAAGGGAAAGUGUACGUGUUCAUGAUGAAAGCCAGGAGAGGGAAAGACGGACUGGUAGUUCAAGGCAUAAAGAUCAUGAGAGGAGGGAUACAAGUAAGGAUUGGCAUAGAGAAUCUGAUAGGGCUGACAGUGCACGCGAAAGGGAGAAAGUGAGAGAUGAUUGGGGCAUGGAAUGGCAAAGGGUUAAGGGAAGUGAAACUCAUAGAACGGGAGAAGGACGGGACAAAGUUAGUAACAGUGAUAGGCACAGGGAUUCUACACGCUCAAAAUACAGCACGUUUGAUGGUUACAAAGAGAGGCCAAGAUCCGGGGAGAAAGCUAGAGAUAUUGGCCAUAAAAGUUGGAGAUCUGAAGAAAUGAAGGAAAAUUCUUUCAAGGAAGAAGAUGAAGAGGAGUACCAAGAGAAAAUUGAGCAGCAGUUAGCAAUACAGGAAGAAGAUGACCCUGAAAAAAUUAAAGAGGAAGCAAGGAGGAGGAAAGAAGCUAUUAUGGCAAAGUUCAGGCAGCAACAAUUGCAGAAGCAGCAGGUGGAAUCUGUACCAAAUAGCAAUGAUGAAGAAGUAAGAGCAAUGGAUAGAGAUGAAAUGGCACAUCUGAAUGAAGAUAAUGAUAGCAGCUCUAUGGCCAACAGCGAAGCUGAAAAUAAGCAUGAUUCUCCAGAGGUAUUUGUUGGCGAUUCAGACUUCACUGUGGGAAAGUCUCCUGCUCGCAAUGGCAUUUUAGCUAGCACGGGAUCAUUGGGUAAUGAGAGGAUGAUAGGUAUUUCAGGUCUUGGAGAGGGUACCCCCAAGAGCGAGAGAUCAGCUGAUAUGUUUUGUGAUGACAUUUUUGGGGAAUCACCUGCUGGAAUUCGAAAAUUGGGCAAGGAUGAUGGUUUGCACGAUGAGAGAAAUGCUAUUCAUGACAACUGGGAUGAUGCAGAUGGUUACUACACUUACCGGUUUGGGGAAUUGCUUGGUGGCCGUUAUGAAAUCACAGCAGCGCAUGGGAAGGGUGUGUUCUCAACAGUCGUGCGGGCAAAAUAUCUUGAAGCUGGGAAAGAUGAUCCCGAAGAAGUUGCUAUUAAAAUUAUUCGCAACAACGAUACAAUGUACAAGGCUGGUAAGCAAGAGGUUUCAAUAUUGGAAAAACUUGCAAGUGCGGACCGCGAGGACAGACGCCACUGCGUGCGGUUUAUUUCUAGUUUCAUGUACCGGAACCAUCUUUGCUUAGUUUUUGAAUCUCUCAAUAUGAAUCUUCGUGAGGUAUUAAAGAAAUUUGGUCGUAAUAUUGGGCUUAAACUGACUGCGGUGAGGGCAUAUUCAAAGCAGCUUUUCAUCGCCCUGAAGCAUCUGAAGAAUUGCAAAGUUUUGCACUGCGAUAUAAAGCUAGAUAAUAUGCUGGUGAACGAGGCUAAGAAUGUACUGAAACUAUGUGAUUUUGGCAACGCUAUGCUUGCUGGAAUGAAUGAGGUUACGCCUUAUCUUGUUAGCCGUUUCUACCGGGCACCAGAGAUAAUUCUCGGGUUGCCCUAUGACCACCCGUUGGACAUGUGGUCAGUUGGCUGCUGUCUAUAUGAACUUUACACUGGAAAAGUCUUAUUUCCAGGUUCAUCAAAUAAUGACAUGCUCCGGCUUCAUAUGGAAUUGAAGGGUCCCUUUCCUAAGAAGAUGCUUCGAAAGGGUGCCUUUACGAUGCAACACUUUGACCAAGAUCUCAAUUUUCAUGCUACCGAGGAGGAUCCUUUGACAAAAAAGGCUGUGAGAAGGUUAAUUUUGAACAUCAAACAAAAGGAUAUUGUUUCUUUGAUUUCAAACUUUCCUGGCGAGGAUCCAAAAAUGAUAUCCAGUUUUAAAGAUCUUCUUGAUAAAAUAUUUGUCUUAGAUCCAGAAAAGAGGAUAACCAUAUCACAAGCACUUAGCCAUCCUUUUAUCACUGGCAAGUGAAAAUAAGAUGUUGAUUCCUCUUGACAUUGUUGAACUUAGCAUCUACCUUGUAAAAUACAAUUUGGGUUCCUGUUGUCUAAUCAUCGGCAUUUCUGUCUUGUGUCCUGGGAGCUAUGAGAUCAGAGUACGUGGAUGAAGCAUGGAAGUAUGGAAGAGAUGGCUAUCUUGCAGACCUUGCUGCAUGCACUUAUCAUUUGGAUAUGUUCUGUUGCUUGAUUCUGCCAGGGCUCUGCUGUGUGCACAUUAUAUAUUCUAAAGGGCCAACAUAAGAAGGAUAAGUUGUGGAUGGACAAAAAGUAAAUGUAUGUGAAGUGAUUAAAUACAAGCACAUGUCCUGGGAUGGAGAUUGCUGGACCCUCUGCUCACUUGUCAUGUUUGGCGAGGAAUGUCAAGAAUCACGCCAACAAUGUAUCAUUGAAUCUGUAGCGUAUGUAAUGUACCGCAAAUGAAGUAAAUUGGUACAAUGAGAGAUUACCUCAAUGGCAGCGCAUUGGGGGCUCCAUUGCCAUACAGAAGGCUCAAUAGCAGCGCAUUGAUGUCUGACAGUUUUAUUAUUGGGUCAUUUGGAAAAAUGCCAUGAACAGUGAAAAUAUCACUAUGUCAGUGACAUAUGAACAGUGACAUUUUUUUUUUUUUUUUGGUUUCAGUGGUAUUUCCCUUUAUUUAUUCUAAUGCUGCAGUAGCCUGUCAGUUGCUGCAUUAGAGCACGAACAUCCUUUGGCUGGGAGAGACAAGUGAGUUAGCAAUGGUGCUUAGGGAUUUAAGCAUGAUUAUCAUCAAUGUUAGGGUUUGCUACUAGUGCUAAUUUUAUUUUAGGAAUAAAAUUAAAUGUUUUAGAUUAUCUAUGUGCUCUUAGAUUACUGAUGAGACGAAGCGCAGUUACAAUAGCUAAAUUGGUGGUUUACCAAGGCUGACAAAACGGUUAAUGUCUUGCAAUGUGACUGUACAUUUAUACAAGAUGAAGGGGAAGUUGCAAUUGGGGAGACACCCUUCCCAACAGACAACCAAGGAUGUCUUUGUUGACCAUUGAUACAUGGAUUGGAUCGAGAAUUGUCUAUUCACAUGUAAUUUUCAUCAAUGGACAUCGUUUUCUUGAGAUAAAUUUAUAUUGACCAGUUUAGUCACUA